AUAUCUUUCUUUUUCUCACUCAGAUAGUCAAAUUAGUAGCUGUUAACCUGUUUCUAGGAUUCAGAUAAUGGCGGAGCGAGCUGUCAAGCUUCGGUGCCAGAGAAUCGGCUGCUUUGCUACCUUCACUGAAAACGACAACCCCGAAGGUUCCUGCACGUACCACGAGUCGGUAUGCCCUCCGUUGAUUCCUUCGUUGACACCUAAUCCAAACGCCCAAAACUUCGAUUUCUUGUAAAUCGAUUCCGAUUUCCAAAAAAUUGAUCGCGUUUCUGUAGUAAGAUACUAAUUAGUGUAGCAGGAAUAAGUAAUUUUGGUUUCCGUGGGUAAUCUGGUACCAAUUUGAAUGCCGGGCCUUAAAAAGGCUAAAAUUGGCUCUAGAUUUGGGUUAUGGAGUAAGUUUUCCCGCUUUAUUUUAUGCAAUUGUGUUGUUUAGGCAUGCCUUCGCUGAUUUUAUGGAUGGGUAAUUGCUCAAUUCUUGUUUCAUCUUUUUUUUACUAUUGAUUGUAAAAGCUUAUACUUUGUCUAAGUUAAGGGGGUGGUUUGUGAGAAAGCUGAGUUCUUUUUUUUCUACACUGUUUUAUUUUUUAUAUUUUAUUUUUCUCUGGUGGGUGAUACUAAUUUUGGUUAUUAUCUUACAUGUGGGUUUGCUUUGGUUGUGGGGGCACAUUCAUGUCACCAGGGGGUAAGUGAGUUUUAUUUCUUGUAUAUAUAUGUCUUUCCCUUCAUGGGUAUUGGUCACUGUUGUGCUGAGUAAGUUAAAGUUGGAUGCUUUUUACAGCCUAUAUUCCAUGAUGGUAUGAAAGAGUGGAGUUGUUGCAAACAAAGAAGUCAUGAUUUCAGCUUGUUCAUGGAAAUUCCUGGGUAAAUAUUUUUGUUUUUGUUCUUUGGGACUUAUAGAAUCCUGUUUGCUGUUUCUCAAAGUAAGAAUAAAAAAUUUGAUAAUUG